AAAUUUGAAGGAAAAAUUGUUAUUUGAGGAAUGUGUGUUUUGUCGUGGCCGCGACCCACCAAAUUCUACUCAGUUUCACAUUGAAGAAGCCACAUGGCGUCAUUCAAACUUCAAACAAUGUCCUGUCCGCUGGCCAGCAGGGAACUCUUUCAGUCUCCAAUUUGCCGUUGGACUGGAACAUCCCAGAUGGUUAACGGCCAUCUUCAGGAGCAUACUGACUUGGUUCUAGAGCCGCUCCAGUUUGAAUGGCCGGAGAUCGGACAGAACAAGGUGUUUUUUAGCAAAGUUGACCAUCACAUCGUCACCGUGGCGAUCAAGUACCAAAGGGAAAACAAAUUUCUUUGCCACGCGUCGAUUAACGACACCGAGCUGGAAACUCUCUUCUACAAAUAUGAACUGGAGCUGACCACCGAUUAUAAGUUAAGCUCAAUAAUAUUUAGGGGCCUUAGGCUGCAAUCCCUACCGAACAUGAGCCACGACUUUAACACGCCCACAAACCGCCUGCAGGUGGACAUUCAACACCUGCCCGAAAUGAUUCGGAAGUCUAAGAAAAUCAUCGCCAUUGUGCGGAUAGUGAGGAUGAAUGGAUGUCCACCUUAAAAUGUCCCGUUUGUAACAAGUUUAUGUUUGGUCCCAUCUUCAGUUGCAACUCACGUUGACUGUUGAGGACAUUGUCUUUUUAUUGUAUCAAUAAAAAUUAUUACUCUCUA